AUGACCUCUGAUGAAAAUUUCGACUGCGCCUUUGAGUCCGGAAUGUCGACUUUGAUCCGGGGAGUGAAUUUUGGAGCGCGCGUGAUCUGCGUUCAGGUCCGAGCACCAGUAGUCAGCGUUGAUCGAGUUUGGAGAAUUUCUGGUCUGGAGACAGGGCAUCCAGGUCUUGAUGGGCAAGAAGUUUCGUUGAAGCUCCAUCAUUAUGGGCAUAUAGGCAGUUUUGAGGAUUCAUCUGGUAAAUCAUAUGAAGUGGUCAGUUGUAGAGCACAAGACCCAGAUGCGGUAGUCUUUCUAUCUUCCCAGUCUGAGCCAAAAAUUGAUGGCAAAAUUUCGCGACGUGUUUCCCUUAUCCACUACCCGGAACCAAGUGAGCUUAAACAGAACAGCAUAAACUUGAAGCAGAUGAUGGCUCAGAGAUCAUCAGGUACUACUACAUUGACCAAUUCUUCUCGUCGUUUUGCAACUCCUAGUCAAAGUACUAGGACGCGGAGUAUUAUGCGAUCAGGGAGUUCAUCCAAAUCGACCAUUAGAAAACACAGUGAUGGCCAAUCUGUUCAAGAUUCGGGCAAAAGUGGUCGUAGUGUAUUAACCUCUUCAGGAUCCUUCGAUCACUCUCGAGAUAAAAAAUCAAAGAAAAAAAGGAAAACUGAUGGUUGAAGUGCUGCCUCGAGUGUUAUAAAUCGAAUUAUUUUUGGUUAAAGAAUCUCUUUCUAGCUGCUCUAGAGCGCGUUAACCAUUCAACGCAUUAGUUUCUCUCUUAUGAUAAGUAAAUGUAUGAGGCUUUUGUGCCAUAGCUUGUGUGCUUUGUUAACAAUACAUGGAUAAGCAUAGAAUUGUUCUUUUAAACACUCCAAAUCAAACUUUGGACUGGAAAAAAAUAAUUUCAAAAUA